GAAUCGGGCAGCUAGAAAUAUCCACACGGCAAAGUUCCACCCACUUUCAUCCAUCCUCCAUUCGAACACGCUACUAUUAUAGGCAGCACGAUGUCUUUCGGCAAGCUUUACACGUAUCCCAAGGCGCCCCGGUCCACGAUGGCGCUCUUCGUAGCCAAGUACAAUAAACUUGACGUCGAAAUUUGCAAUGCUUUUCCGAUCAAAGUGUACCCGGAAAAGGGCGGUGUCGGUGAGGAAUACCUCUCCAAGUUCCAUACUGGAAAGGUUCCCGCCCUGGAGACCGCUGACGGCUUUGCUGUCUACGAAAGCAACGCACUUGCAUGGUUCCUGGCAAAGCAGGAUCCAAAUACCAAGCUCUGUGGAUCCGGGUUGAAGGAGGAGACCACGGUCCUUCGGUGGGCCUCUUUCACCAAUUAUGAGCUCCUACCGCCCAUCAUGGCGUGGAUAGGACCCAUCAUUGGGCGGGCACCCAAUAGUCCUGAGAUUCUCAAAACUUGCGAGAAGGGCUGUGAGUUGACCAUUUGCGCCAUCGAGAAGGAGAUCGCGGGAAAGAGUUAUCUCGUUGGCGACACACUGACCCUUGCCGAUCUUUUUGUUGUUUCUGGUCUCGCAAGAGGUUAUCAAUAUGUCUUCACUAAAAGCUGGGCAGAGAAGCACCCGGUGGUGCAUGAAUACUACAUGCGCAUUAGGAAUGACAAAGAUGGAAUCUUCGACAGCAUCCUUGGACCUAAUGUUAUUCGCGACGAGGCCGGCGGCACGUAUCCUGACUAUGAUGGCUUGUAAGCUUGAGUAACCUAGCGGGCUUAGUGGAUAUAUUGUGAAAUUUAGUCUUCAAAAUUGUAGAUAUGAGUGC